GCAUUAUUUAUAGGGUGGUUCUCGCCAUCGAGGUGAAAUACCGACCGCUAUACUCAGCCGUACAGACAGAGCUGGUGCAUAGGCUUAUAAAACGAUGGUCAAAUGCGCCUCAGGAAUACACAUGAAAAGGUGAACGUGCUUUGUCAACGGACAGAAGUGUUUUUGCUACAGAAGCUUAAAUAGAUCCCGCAGUAAGUGUAUUCCUUUAACUUUUUGCAUUAAUUGGCUAUGGAAUAUCAGGAGAUUUCAAUGGUUUAUCGAGUGCAGGCAAUUUAGAAAAUAUGAAAAAAAAAUCUUGCAAUUGGCUGUAUUAUCAGGAAAAUCGGUGCAAUUAAAUAAUCCGCUACAUAAUUUAAUUUCGUGUAUCGCUUUCCAUCUUUUUAAAGCUAUAUUACGCUAUAAUGUAGCUGUGGUGUAGGUUUUUGUGAUUGCAGAUUCUUGUAGGUAGAACUCAACUUUCCAACACGUGAUUGAGCAUCAAUACAACAAUAGCAGUAUGUAUACUCCUUUCGGGAAAGUUGUUUAAGUUAGUGUUUGCACCAAUAUCUGAUUUUUGAGAUUGUGAUGAUUGUUUGCAAGUUUUCACAUCACUACACUAAAUCACGUAUCUAGGCAUACAGCCCACUUAAUUCAUUUUGGUUGGUAUCCUGUGCUGUUGGAUGUUAAUUUUCAUCAUUAUAAAGGUCAACUAGUGGUGAGUGCUCAACCAUAGUAAGAUAAAUGUCAGAAUUCACAACAGAUACUAGUUCUCUAGAAAAUAAUUGUCAGAAGGUACUGUUUCACACCAACACAGUUGAAGAGGUGGAUGAAUACACAGAAUAUAGAGCAAAUAUUUCAAUCCAUACAUUUGGAUUGAGCAUUCUACAAUGUACUCAAUCCGACUUGCAAUUAACUAAUACACUGUGAUGCACAAUACCUCAGUUGGUUGGACAUGUUCACCCUUUACAGUAAACAGAAGAAAAAAAACACAUGGCAAGCCUUUGUUAUUUUCAGGUUUUAUUUUAACAAAGGCCAAUGUUAGACAGUCAUUGCUCCCUAGACAUGGUCACACUUAUCUUCCAAGGUGAUUUGUGUUUGAGUCGACACUAAUGGAGUGGAAUGUGUAGCCUAUGCUUAGGGGAGGAUGAUAUCAUCUCAUCUACAAUUUCUCCUGUACUAUGCCUUAUCUAAUGACUUAAUUAAUAACUCAUUUUAUGUAGGGGGCGGCAGGUAGCUUAGUGGUUAAGAGCGUUUUGCCAGUAACCGAAAGGUCGCUGGUUCUAAUCCCUGUGCUGGCUAGGUGAAAAAUCUGUUGAUGUGCCCUUGAGCAAGGCACUUAACCCUAAUUGCUCCUGUAAGUCGCUCUGGAAAAGAGCGUCUGCUAAAUGACUAAAAUGUAAUGUAAAUAAAUGGUCUUAUGCAGAUAUUCAUGGAGCCUUUAUAAGCGCUACAGGCAUUACAUCUUAUCAUCUCCUCAAUAAGGCAAUGGUAGUUCAGAGGGGAAAAGAAUGCCAGUGCUAGAGACACUGAGACAUUAACAAUAUCACCAUAGAUAUUCUGUACACUACACAGUGUACAGCAUACCCUAGGAUAAAGCCAAAACCCAGAGUUCUUGAAAGUAAAGGAUCCUAACAUGCCAGUUGGAACACAAUAUUGAUUGAACUGGAUUGAUACCUUCUUCCAUCACAUUUUGGAGGGCCAACAUAAUCUGUUUGGGGGAAUGUGUCUGAGGUUGGUGUUAUCCCAGAAUGGAGGAGCCUGUGUCACUGAGCCCUGAGCUCAACAACAUUAUUAAACCUAAUCCCAGAUCCACUCAAACAGAUUGAACUCUGUACAGGGACUCACUCCUCAUCUCCUAGAGCUCAGGUACAGAGCUGGCAGGUGAAACUGGAAACAUCUGCCUCUCUAUUUGAUACGGAUUCCUACCUGGACACUUUUUCUCCUUGACACCAUGGGCCAAGAUGGACUCUCGAUGGCAGUGACCCUCCUUUUCUCUGGCAUUCUCCUGGUGGCCAUCCUGGCACUGCUCUGCUAUUUCACCUGCAGGCUGGCUAGUGUUCUGCCGAUUGGUGGGCCCGACCACUUCUGAGCUUCCCUCAGAGGAUAGGCCUGCGUAUGUGGCACGGUAAAACCUCUCCUCUCCUUAGAGACCAGCUAGCAGCUUUAUAUGAGCUCAACUUUAGCAUAUUUCAUACAAAUUCUGUAGGACUUGGGUUGUCUGCAUUGUCUGUUUUAAUAGCAAAGUAACAGGACUCAAUCGCACACAGUUUCAAGACUUUGUGAAAUACCAUUUUAUUUUAAGCACAUAAUGCUUAUUUAUAGCAUGUGUAACAAUACAUUUGCCAAACUCUCUUCUUUAUAAACUCUAAACCUAAUUUAAAAAUGUUCUCUCAUUUGCUUGUUGGUGGAGGUGUCCAGUCAAUCAUUUGGUGUUAAUCGGCGUUGUUAUGGCAGUUAAAUCUCUCUGUGGUAUGGCCCACAAUCCCAUUAAAGCGACCUUGACCACAGCACAGAAGAGGGAUAGGAGAGGGACAGGGGAGGGACAGGGGAGGGACAGCGGAGGGACAAGGGAGGUGAGGGGGAGGGACAAGGGAGGGGGAGGGACAGGGACAGGGGAGGGGGGUGUAAUAAUAUACGUUGAACCCUUCUUUGCUGCACUUUGCAGCAAACUCAUCAACUUUAUUUCUGUGAAUCAACUGAAUUUUGUGUGUUCUUUCAUCAGCUCUGAUUUCUCCUUAUUUUACAGACUCCCUCUAGUUUGGGACGUGGUAUGUGACAGUAGUCCCAGGUAACACUACAACCAUAGAGAGAAAGCAUCAUGAAGGUGACAUUCUUGCUCAUCAUCUGCUCGUGCCUGGCCUGGGGAGGCCUGGGGAAGCCUCAGUUUCCUGGUGAGACACACACCUGUCAAUAAAUGUCAUGUCUCGUAACAGCAUCCAACUGUUUGAUUGAAAUCCUUCAGGAAGAGCUAAGAUGGGACACAUACUAACUGUUUCUCUCCCCCUUCUCCCUGAAGUGUGCACUUGUUCACUCCUGCUCAUAGAUUUGAAAGGAAAGGGACUAGUUUAGGAAAUGUGGUGGAGACUCACUCUAGCACAUGCUUACACCAAUCUAAUGCUUGAGGAGGAGUGAAUGAGUGCACACUUCAUGGAGAAGGAGGAGAAACAAAAUUGGGCUUUGAUUUAUUGGAGAUGUGCAGAAGUCUCCAAAUGCUCUUAUGAAGGAAGUGCUACUUAUCAGUGGUUUAUUGCGUCUUGUUUAGAAUAACACGUCUUGUUAGGGUUAUAACUGUCAGUCUAUUUACCCAGCUAAACAAAGUUCACACUGUAUUUACAGUACGAUGGCAAGUGAACCUCCAUUUUCUUUGUCCUCUCUACAAAAUGACCAGAAUCAUUUAGCUCCUGAAAGAUUAUGUACAGAUCAGGAGAGGUUCAUAAAAUGGAUUCCAGAUGUAUACUAUUUCUACCCAUACAGUAAGAAGAUUAGGUUCCUUCUUGUCGUAACAUCAUACAUGUAUGUGCAGUUCUAGCCUAUAGUAGGCAACAUGUGAUUUCAGAAAUAAGAAGCUUACACGCUGGAGUUGUCAGAGGUUCUAUGGUUGCCAGAGCCUACAGAACUUGUCAUUAUCAAUACAGACAGUACAUGUGUAUGUGCUUAUAGUCAUCCUGUUGGUUCUUUGAUAUUAUCGUCCAUACUUGGUCAUAUUAUAUGUCAUGCUGAGACUUGAAAACAUUAAAGGAAUUAGUUACUCACAAAGGAACUUUGUCAUCUUCUGGGGAUAAAACAUUAAUUAGAAAGGUUAUAACUAGGUUAUGAAAUACAAGUGAAUAAGUUACUAAUGGCUUCUAUCUUUUCUGUGUUUAUCAAGUUUUUGUCCAUCAAAGAAUGCUUCCAUGGAUGAACCUCAACGUGUAUUUGAUUGAAUUUGGGCAUAUUCCGUCCAACUUGUCCAACAACUUUCACAGUUGUUACAGAUCACUUCCGCUGGCCUCUUUUCUUCCUCAUUUAAAACUAAAACUCUACCUCCAUGUUGCAGACCAAGAGAAAGAUCCCCUGUUCUGGAACACAUGGGCCCAGCGUACUUUGAAGAAUGCCCUCACACUUCAGAAGCUCAACCAAAACACUGCAAAGAACCUCAUCCUCUUCCUUGGUGAUGGUAAGCCAUGAUUGCAAGAGCCUAUUUCAAUCCAUGAGUAUGUGCCAUUCUGUAUGAUAAAGUGAAGUCUUAACGCAAUGUAAUGCACUCAAAGAGCUUAUGUGCCGCAUACUGAUUUAAUAUUUUUAUACAGUUCUAGAUUAUCUUUCCUAGUGGUUGUAGUAGGAAACUAGUAUAUCCUCCUCAUCAAUCCAUAGCUGUUUCUAACAAAACAUUCUGGUGGAUUGAUGUAAUCCAGUCAGAAGUAAAUAGAAUGUGACACUUUCAAAAUCUGAUGUUGAAUAUGGUAGCCAUCAAGCAUUACACAAACAUGCUGCCAGUGCCAAUGGAUAACUUGGCUGCUGCUUUGUGUUAUGUUGCUAUAUGUAGUGACCCAUUAAACUGUGUCCCCCAAAGGACCUUAACUGUCUAUGUUUUUAUGCAGCAGUAUACAAUGCACCUUUCUCUGUAAUGUAUGAUAACCAUGCUUAAAAAAGUCAUGCUGGAUAAAGUAGAUGUGCACGUCAGUUCACAUCCUUUACAAAAGCAUGUAUUUUGACACCUAUAUGAAAACUAAGGGAAAAAUAGAUAGUCACCUCUAAAAAGAUACAUUUUGUUGACUUGUGAAAAGGCAGAUCUCAGGUAAAAGCUAUUUUGAUGGGGGUCCUUUCCACCAAAUGUAGAGGUGUCUCUUCAGUGGGAAGAGCAGCUGCUGUGAAAAGCAAGCACAGAGCAAUGUUAACCAGAUGGAAAAUCAAAAGGUGUUAAUGCAUGAGAUGGAAAGGCUCUGUCUCCCUUAAAUAGAUUGACACCAUAACAGGGCGUGCGCCACUUUGCUUUUGUUGUGUAGGAAUGGGAAUUCCCACAGUGACUGCAGCACGAAUACUGAAGGGGCAGCUGAGCGGACAGAGUGGAGAGGAGACCCAGCUGGAGAUGGACAAGUUCCCCUUUGUGGCGCUUUCCAAGGUCUGACCUGGUCUGUUAUCAUAUAGAAGCGCUAGAAAAUAGCAUGCAAUAUUGAUCUGGAAGUAAAGGGAUUACUGUCAUACCUUGUCCAUAGACUGUUUACAGGGUAAGGAAACCAAUGUGUCAUUUUCUAAUUUGUGUGAACGAUCCCUUAAUGAAUUCUUCACCAGCGGAAAGAUACAAGGCCACAUAUGGUCUACGUCAGUGGUCCAACCGGUCGAUCGUAAUCGACUUGUCGAUCUCCAAGGCCUUCCUAGUCGAUCACCAAACAUUUCUGUAAAAAUCAACAAUGAUAAAGCCUUAUUUAUUUGUUUCGUGCUGUUGGCGGUAGGUGCACUUGAUUCAGCAGCCCUAGCACCGGGAAGGCAAAAUGUUCCCAUUUUGAACCAGUUCAUGUGUCUGAAGGUAGAACUCUGCCUAGCCGACAGGCUCAGAGAGCAAAUCAAGUGUACCUACAGGCCUACCACUGGCCAAUCUGAUAGCUCAGGUCACCGUGUCUGCACAGUUAAAAAUAAGCCUAGAGCGCACAGCAAAGUUGAUACUGUGAGCUUUCAAAAUUUUUAAACCAUGACUAGAGAGAGACUCAACGAAUACAGCAAAGCGCUGCUGUUCAUGUUUAAGUUGUUAUUCAGCACUGUCAACACUUUGUUCAACACUUUUAUAAGCCAUAAAAUGCACGUUCUCCCUACUUCUAGUCACGCUACAACCAGCACUACAGCUGCAAUGAAUGAGUAUAGCAAAGUGUUUCGAUAAGCUUGCAUCAUUAUUAUUAGCGGCUUGUCUCUCAAGUAAUAUUUCACUUUAUCUGGACAUCGGAUUAACAACAUGAAUUGUUGCAUGAGGCAGAAAUAAUGCAGUGCGACUUGAGUUUCACAAUUAGCUGGAAGACUGUGUCCUAUUUUCUCAGCGGAGGGAGGGAGAGCGGAGGGACGGUGAGUCGGGUGAGAGGCAACCUCACCGCUGCUCCCUCCCUCCCCUCAGACUGACCAUCAGAUGCAGUCCAAUAAAAUAAAAAAAUAUUAUUAUGCUCAGUCAGCUGUGCCUCACAAGUAAUACAACACAUGAUCUAUUACCAGUGUGAUCAUAUACCUACAAUUUUGAAAUAUCAUUUCAAAAUGGUCUGAGAAGAACAACAUUGGCAGGGCAAUUCAAGAAAAGCCAAUAUGCAGAUCAUGUAUGUAGCAUACUGUAUAGCCUGCUACAAACCGGAUUGCUACAGAACUGUUUUUAAUAGGAUAAUGUUGCAUACAUAGGCUUACGUUUUUUAAGUCAUGUUGAAAAUAAACAUCUGAACGGUAGAUCUCGGCUUGCAUUUUAUUUUGACUCGGAAAGUGAGCUUGACUCAGAAAAGGUUGGUGACCACUGGUAUGUCUUAUGAUAAUGAUGUGUUAUUAUGUUACAUACUUGGCAAGAAGCCAGAUAUAAUAUAACUACUGUAUCUCCAUAGUUAAUGGGGCAGCAAAUUCCACACAUUAUUGAUCAUGUAAUUACACAAUCUGAGCAUUUAGAUGUGAAAAUGUUUGGAGGGGGUGGAUAACACCAACACGGCAUGCACAACAAUGUCUCCUACUACAAUUCUAUAUAAUUGACACAUGGUAUUGCCCUGUCUCUGCAGACGUAUAACACCAAUGCCCAGGUAGCAGACAGCGCGGGCACGGCCACGGCAUACCUCUGCGGGGUGAAGGCCAACGAGGGCACCGUGGGCGUGAGUGCAGCUGCUGUCCGUUCCCAGUGCAACACCACACAGGGCAAUGAGGUCACCUCCAUCCUCAGAUGGGCCAAGGAAGCAGGUACUGUCUCAUUAUAACACAUGUUUAUUCACAGGACCUCUCCACACCAGAUCUACUAAGGCUUAUUUGGCCAUCCUGGGAUAAUCAGUAGAGACACAGCAUGAUAGCAUUGUAAACGUACUGUAGGUAUGCAUGGAUGUCAAUGGGGAGUUAAUAGCUACCAAUGUAUUUUCUAUAUGGCAGAGAGUCCCCAGCAUUCCCCAACGACUUAGGGUUAGAGAUGAUCAGGGAUCCAAUAAUUCCCCAGAAACCAGACCAGGCAGGUUGUGACCUUAUGACCUGAGCACUUCACAUCACAGAAAAAGAUACUUCACAUACUCACCUCAGGAACAGACUUUAGCUCUUUAGUUGCUGACCCACUGAUCCUCAGUGGAGAUAUUUAUACGACCACAAUUCUCUGUCUGAUAUAGUAAGUACUCUAACCAUGAUGUGAACGAACAAACAAAAAAUACAGAAAUUGUCAUAUUUUUCAAAUGGCUAGAAUUUCUAGAUUCUUUGGAGCAAUUGGUUGUCUCCAGAUCUAGCAGACUAUUGCACAGAAUCCAAGCAGCACGUUCGAAACUGUUUGUGUGUUUGUCACCCAGGCAAGUCAGUGGGAAUAGUCACAACAACGCGUGUGAACCAUGCCACCCCCAGCGCGGCCUACGCCCACUGUGUGGACAGGGACUGGUUCUCCGAUGGAGAGAUGCCCGCUGAGGCAGUACAGGCGGGCUGCAAGGACAUCGCCAGGCAGCUCUUUGAGAAUAUUCCCAACAUCGAUGUGAGUCACAGCAUAUAAUAUGGAUCCUGAUAUUACAGAAAAUAUCCAGUAAUCCUGCAAACAGAGCAUUUUUAUAAGCAACAACUAUUGUCGAAAACAUUGAUUGCUAUUUAUUUUGUGUACAUUGUUCAGCCAGUAAUAUUGAGUAACUUGCACCUGUAAUGUAACGACUCACAGAUAAUAAUUCCUCUCCUGAUUAUUCUUGCUGUGGAUAUCCACAGCGAUAAAUCAAAUGUUUUAUCUCUAUGGUGGAUGUCUAGGUGAUUAUGGGAGGAGGGAGGAAGUACAUGUUCCCCAAAAACCAGUCAGAUGUGGAGUAUCCUGGAGAGAAGAAACAUUUUGGUACCCGUAAAGAUGGAAGGAACUUGGUGGAGGAGUGGACUAACAGAAUGAAAAACAAGGUCAGCUGCUCCGUCUUAGUCCGUCUUUCACUCCUCUUCACCAUGUCCUGCUGCUUCCUCCUUGUUCUUCUCUCAGUUAUCUUCCUUUCUCUUUUUUUCUUAUCAAGGACAUUUGAAUAGUUUUAAGUUGUCACAUGAUAUAUUGUUUUCUUUUUUAAAUGAACAGAAAGCCCAGUAUAUAUGGAACAAGAAAGAACUUCAAUCGCUAAAUCCUAAUAAUGUGGAUUACAUUUUGGGUGAGUUAUUUUUUUUUUAAAUUGUUGGUUGUACACUAAACAAAAACAUAAACACAACAUGUAAAGUGUUGGUCCCAUGUUUCAUGAGCUGAAAUAAAAGAUCCUAGUAAUUUUCCAUACAUACAAAAAGCUUAUUUCUCUCAAAUGUUUUGCACAUAUUUGUUUACAUCCCUGUUGUUAGUGAGCAUUUCUCAUUUGCCAAGAAAAUCCAUCCACCUGAUUGGUGUGGCAUAUCAAGAAGCUGAUUAAACAGCAUGAUCAUUACACAGGUGCACCUUGUGCUGGGGACAACAAAAGUCCACUCUAAAAUGUGCAGUAUUGUCACACAACACAAUGUCACAGAUGUCUCAUGUUUUGAGGGCGCGUGCAAUUGGCAUGCUGACUGCAGGAAUGUCCACCAGAGCUGGUGCCAGAGAAUGUUCAUUUCUCUACCAUAAGCUGCCUCCAACGUCAUUUUAGAAAAUGUGGCAGUAUGUCCAACCGGCCUCACAACUGCAGACCACAUGUAAGGCGUUGUGUGGGCGAGCAGUUUGCUGAUGUCCUCCCGAGUGGCGCAGUGGUCUAAGGCACUGCAUUGCAGUGCUAGCUGUGCCACUAGAGAUCCUGGUUUGAAUCCAGGCUCUGUCGUAGCCGGCCGCGACUGGGAGACCCAUGGGGCGGCGCACAAUUGGCCCAGGGUAGGAGGGAAUGGCUGGCAGGGAUGUAGCUCAGUUGUUAGAGCAUGGCGUUUGCAACGCCAGAGUUGUGGGUUCGUUUCCCAUGGGGGGCCAGUAUGAAAAAAAUAAUAAUGUACACACUCACUAACUGUAAGUUGCUCUGGAUAAGAAUGUCUGCUAAAUGACAAAAAAAAUAAAAUAAUAAUGUCAAUGUUGUGAACAGAGUGCCUCAUGGGGGUUAUGGUAUGGGCAGGCAUAAGCUACGGACAAUGAACACAAUUGCAUUUUAUCGAUGGCAAUUUAAAUGCACAGAGAUACUGUGACGAGAUCCUGAGGCCCAUUGUGGUGCCAUUCAUCCACCGCCAUCACCUCAUGUUUCAGCAUGACAAUGCAUGGUCCCUUGUCGCAAGGAUCUAUACACAAUUCCUGGAAGCUGAAAAUGUCCCAGUUCUUCUAUGUCUUGCAUACUCACCAGACAUGUCACCCAUUGAGUAUGUUUUGGAUGCUCUGGAUCGACGUGUAAGACAGCGUGUUCCAGUUCCCGCCAAUAUCCAGCAACUUCGCACAGCCUUUAAAGAGGAGUGGGAGCCUGAUCAACUCUAUGCAAAGGAGAUGUGCCAUGCUGUAUGAGGCAAAUGGUGGUCACACCAGAUACUGACUGGUUUUCUGAUCCACGCCCCUACCUUUCUUUUAAGGUACUGUAUCUGUGAUCAACAGAUGCAUAUCUGUGUUCCCAGUCAUGUGAAAUCAUAAUGAAUGAAUGAAAUUCAUUGAAGGGACAUGGGAUUUGCAUUUCACAGUAUUUUACUGUAAUUACAUGGGAUUGGUGCAAGCAGGUUGGCUGCUAAGUAAUCUGUUUACACAUACAGCAUAUCAAUUAAUAUUUAGAGUUUUAUAUCACUUUCACAAACUGGCAGCGAUUACAUGGCAAAACAGACCAAAAAGAUAUGGCAAAAUGCUCAACCAUAAAGGUUUAAGACUUGCUCCCACUUCAAUCUGUCCCCUACCACCACAUACCAGUUAAAUUGGUACAACAUUCUCACUAACGGGUGCAACAAAUAUAGCCUCUUACAAGGCAUGCCUCAAAAUAUGUUAAUGAGCAAGAAACAACUAAACCAUUUACCCACUAGUUGAUACUACCCAAUUAAAAUUACAUUAUAAAUUACAGUUUUCCGUUACAGUGCAUGUUGAUCACUGUUAAUCAUCUUCUCACUGUUAAACCAUGCUUCCUGUGUUAACACAGGUCUGUUUGAGCCGGGAGAUCUGCCCUACGACCUGGAGAGAAACGCUGAGACAGAUCCUUCCCUGACAGAGAUGGUGGAGGUGGCCAUCAAGAUCCUGAGGAAAAACCCCAGGGGAUUCUACCUGCUGGUGGAGGGUGGGUGUUUUGUCACAUUUACUCUGGCACCAGUAAAUAUAUGUUGCAUCAGGUUAAUAAUUUAUAUCAUGUGAAUGUAAAAUUUGCACAGCUGAGUCUGCUUUGCCAAUGCUGAUGCUAGAUUUUCUCAUCUGCGUGAGAGAGAGAGGUUAACCAGGCUGUGCGUUGGCAGGGGGGCGCAUCGACCACGGGCAUCACGAGGGCAAAGCCAAGCAGGCCCUACAUGAGGCAGUGGAGAUGGACAGGGCCAUCGGCCGCGCCGGCCUCAUGACCAGCAUCUAUGACACAAUGACUGUCGUCACUGCUGACCACUCUCACAUGUUCAACUUCGGAGGCUACACGCCAAGGGGGAACACCAUCUUUGGUGAGUAAUGGAUGAUUUUACAACCAUGGAUUGUAUGUAGCUACACUGUAUCAGUCAUCUAGGUAUGAUUCACUUUGUUUCACAAUUGAUCGUGAUGGAGGUGGGUUAUUAUUUUCCUCUAUGUCCACAGGACUGGCUCCCAUGUUGAGUGAUGUGGACCAGCAGCCCUUUACCGCCAUCUUAUAUGGGAACGGACCAGGGUUCAAAGUAGUCAACGGUCUGAGAGAGAACGUCUCCACCCUUGACUAUCGUAAGUGAAGUCUUACCAUCAAUGACAUAGUGCCAUUUUGACAGUCCUCUGUCAUAGAGAACACCACUUGGUCUUUGGUAUGCCAGAAAUCAUCCGUCUGAUCUCUUUCUCCUUCCCUUUCUCUCUCUCCACCCCGCCCCUCUCUCCAGAGGGAAAUAACUACCAGGCCCAGUCUGCAGUGCCGCUGCGUAUGGAGACUCAUGGAGGAGAGGAUGUGGCUGUGUUUUCUAAGGGCCCGAUGGCUCAUCUGCUGCACGGUGUCCAUGAACAGAACUACAUUCCCCAUGUCAUGGCCUAUGCUGCCUGCAUCGGCCAGAACAGAGACCACUGCAUGUCAUCCAGUGGAGCCUCUAGUCUCAGCCCUGCUCUGCCCAGCCUGGCAGCUCUCCUCACACUCACCCGCCUCCUCUGCUGACCUUUCACCCCAAUCCCCCUCCUGCACCCCACAGGCCCCUCCUCUCCUUAUACGUGUAAUACUCCCACACCCUUUUUCCUGUUGUAAUGUGGAUUUUCUUUUUGUGGAUUUUCUAUUGUUGAUUUAAAAAAUAUUAAUGUCCAAUUGAAUGACUUUGGGACCACUGUAAGGGCAUUUAAAGAUGAGUGUUUUGAGCGUUGGUGACGUUCAACCAGAUUCAGUUUUAGGGAAAAUAGGAGGAUAUCACUUUCACUCUACUGUAACGUAUAGGAUAGGUUGUGUUACUCUACUUUGGCAUUGUUCAUCAUUCUGGUAACACCAAAACUAUGUCAAGAAUUCUGUCAUGUCAGUGGGUUUAAGAGAAUGGUAGCACUCUGAAUUUAUAUAAAUCAUUGUAUGGAAAAAAUUACCUCCCAGUAUUAAUGAUAAGGCAAUGUUGCUGCCAACCUAUUUGUUUUCUGUCAAUUGUAUGACUUUGGAUGAAUCAACUUUUCAAAGAAACCAGUUCCUUUUUAGAAACCUACUGUAAAGUUAUCCUAGAUUUUUAUAUGAAUAUUUGAAUUCAGCCGCUCCUUCAACCUAAACAGAAGACAAACAGAAAACAGAAUCUACCUCAUAAGCUCUCAUCAGAUUCCCUAAAGAAUCAUAUGUGUUGAUGAUCAAUUUUUUUUGUUGUUGUGAGAAGUGAAAACAUUGCAAUGAGGAAAGUAGAGGCUAUAUUUGAAUGUAUAGUUUAAACUUGUUUUUUUAUCAUUGAAAUGGUAUGUAUUCCAUGUUCUUUGUACAUACUUCCCGAAGGCAUUGAAUGAAAAGAGUCAGAAAACACAUACACCAGUAUUUCCAAAAAACAA